UGCCCGUUUCCCUCCUGUGACAGGUGGUGGUGUUGACGGUGAGCCUGGGCCCGGCGGCUGUAGCGAUCUCUGGAAGCAUGCUGUACCUGGUCGGGCUGGGCUUGGGAGAUGCCAAGGACAUCACGGUGAAGGGGCUGGAGGUGGUGAGGCAGUGCCACAGGGUGUACCUGGAGGCCUACACGUCCAUCCUCACGGUGGGCAAGGAAGCACUGGAAGAGUUUUAUGGAAAAGAAUUGAUUUUGGCUGACCGAGAAACAGUGGAACAAGAAGCAGAUAACAUUUUAAAAGAUGCUGAUGUUUGUGAUGUCGCAUUUCUUGUAGUUGGUGAUCCUUUUGGGGCCACAACACACAGUGAUUUAGUACUACGUGCAGUAAAACUGGGGAUUCCAUACAAAGUCAUUCAUAACGCUUCAAUAAUGAAUGCAGUGGGCUGCUGUGGUUUACAGGUUGGUUACAGAAGCUUCCAAGCCAAAUGCUGCCUUAGGUUAUGUAUGACACUGGCUUCUGCAUCACUGAAAAUGAUUGGCAAGUCUGUUGCUUCAGGUGUUUUCACUGAGUUGUACAGUUUUGGAGAGACUGUUUCCAUAGUUUUCUGGACAGAUACAUGGAAGCCAGAAAGCUUUUUUGACAAGAUUGAGAAGAACAGACAGAACGGAAUGCACACCUUGUGCUUACUUGAUAUUAAAGUGAAGGAGCAGUCUCUGGAGAAUCUAAUGAAAGGUAGGAAGAUUUAUGAGCCACCACGCUACAUGAGUGUGAAUCAAGCUGCAGAACAGCUUCUUUCAAUUAUUCAAAACAGGAAGCUCCAAGGAGAAGAAUCAGCAAUCACUGAAAACACAAUCUGCGUUGGCCUCGCACGUGUGGGUGCUCCAGAUCAGAAGAUUGCUUCAGGCACACUGGAGCAGAUGUCCACAGUAGAACUAGGUGGUCCACUGCAUUCCUUGAUUGUUACAGGCACUCUGCAUCCUCUGGAAUUAGAAAUGCUUCAGCUUUUUCCUGUAGCUGGUUCCAGUUUUGAACAGCAUGUGUGUCAAAGGACCACUUAAAUAAAAACAAGGCAUUUACAUUUUUA